AUGGCACAGAAACCUCUCGUCCUCAUCCUCGGGCCGGCAGGUCACACCGGCGACAGCAUCGUUGAAGGCCUGUUGGAAUCCGGGAACUACCGAGUCGCCGGCCUCGUCCGCCCUUCAUCCCUCACAAAGCCGUCCACCGAGAAGCUACGACAGCGUGGCGUCGAAAUCCGUGCAGGGGACCUCAAAGACAGCAUGGCCGACCUCAAGAAGCACCUCGAGGGCGUCGACAUCGUCGUCAGCUGCAUCCUCGCCAUGGUCGUCCUCGACCAGAAGGACCUCAUCCGCGCGGCGAAGGAAGUGGGCGUGAAGCGCUUCAUCCCCUGCGACUGGGCCACACCUGGCCAGCGCGGGAUCCGUCCCAUGGGCGACAUGAAAGGCGAAAUCCGCGACUUCAUCGUCGAUAUCGGCCUCCCACACACCUUCAUCGACGUCGGCUGGUGGAUGCAGCUCUUCCUUCCGCUCCCCGCACGCAGCAAGCGCGAACCGGAGGUGCACGCCCGCGUCAACACCGAGUACGCGGGCGGGACGACGCCGACCGCGCUGACUGAUCUCCGGACCAUUGGCCGAUGGGUCGCGCGCAUCAUCGCAGACCCCCGCACGCUGAACCACCCGGUCCUCAUCUGUGAGGAUGAGCGCACGCAAAAGGACGCGUUCGAGAUCGGGUGCAGGCUGAGCGGAGAGGCGGAAUCUCUGGCUGCGAAGCGGAUAUCUAUAUCUGCGGAAGAGAUCGAGUCGCGGUUCAUCAAGUUCAAGGCUGCGUCGGAGGCGUCGGAGAACCCGAUGGCGUGGGAGAUCCUCUAUCCGUACUGGACGAUGGCCUACGUGAAGAGUAUAUACGUGAUGGGCGAGAAUUCGAUUGCAAGUGCUAAGAAGAUUGGGUACCUCGACGCGCAAGCACUGUAUCCCGACAUGACGCGGACGACGCUCGAGAGCUUCGCGGAGUGGUUCUACGCGUUGGAGGAACCCGCGUACGCUCAUUUCUAG